CUGAAUCACAAAACAAUGUGUUUAUGGAAAAAGCUUCCUUAUGUUUGGUUCCAAAAAUAGUGCUUUCUGUGACAGGAACAUGAGAACUGUGGGAGAACUCAUUUUUCUGCACUGUUAACAGAUUUUUCUCUCGCUGCUGUGCUGAGCUGAUGACAUAACAUCCUAUUACCCUGGACCGGCGGUAACUUGGGAUGGAAGGUGCUGUAAUACUGUACUUUGGAGCUAGUAAUUUCUCACUCAUCACUGAAGGAGACAAUCUCAUGUUUUAGAUAUGCUCAUAAACACAAGUGUAGCAUUUUCAGUUAAUCAUUGCAAUAUGGCUCAUGUCUUUCCGGUUCCAGCAAUGGAAAAUCCUGAAGUCCCUGUAAGCAGCUGCAGUACUCACGAUGAGGAAAACCUAUACAGUUUUAAGCAUCACCUACCAAUGUGCCAAGAGUUGCUUCUGGAAGAUCAGCUGAGAAGGAAACUUAAAUUUUUCUUUAUGAAUCCCUGUGAAAAAUUCUGGGCCCGAGGGAGAAAACCGUGGAAGCUUGGCAUACAAAUCCUAAAAAUAGCCAUGGUUACUAUCCAGCUUGUAGUUUUUGGGUUAAGCAAUCAAAUGGUGGUUGCAUUUAAAGAAGAAAACACAGUAUCCUUUAAGCAUCUAUUCCUGAAAGGUUAUACAGACAGCAUGGAUGACACCUACGCAGUGUACACACAAACUGAUGUCUAUGACCAGAUCUCCUUUGCAAUAAACCAGUUUUUACAGCUGCGUACCAUUUCUGUUGGAAAUCAUGCUUAUGAAAAGAGAGGAACGGAAGAGACACCCAUGGCAAUAUGUCAGUACUUCUACAAGAGAGGAAUUAUCAGCCCUGGAAAUGACACUUUCGAUAUUGACCCAGAAAUUGAAACUGAGUGUCUUUAUGUGGAACCAAUGCUACCUUUGGAAAAUGGGACACUGAGGAAGACCCCUUUCAAUUUCACUUUAGACUUCCAUAGACUUGUGACUCUGACACUCACAUUCAAAUUGAAGGCCAUUAAUCUCCAGACGGUUCGACAACAUGAACUCCCAGAUUGCUAUGAUUUCACUCUAACCAUAGUCUUUGACAACAAAGCACAUAGUGGAAGAAUUAAAAUAAGUCUAGACAAUGAUAUUGCCAUCAAGGAAUGUAAAGACUGGCAUGUUUCUGGCUCAAUACAGAAGAAUACCCACUACAUGAUGAUCUUUGAUGGUUUUGUCAUACUGACAUGUCUUGCAUCACUGAUUCUCUGCACACGAUCUGUAAUUAAAGGAAUUCGUCUACAAAGGGAAUUUGUGACUUUUUUCCAACAUCACUAUAAGAAAGAAGUAUCUUUCACUGAUCUGAUGGAAUUUGUCAAUGGAUGGUAUAUCAUGAUCAUAGUCAGUGACCUUCUUACCAUAAUUGGUUCUACGUUAAAGAUGGAGAUACAGGCUAAGAGUCUGACAAGCUAUGAUGUCUGUAGUAUCCUCUUAGGAACUUCCACCAUGCUCGUGUGGCUUGGAGUGAUCCGCUACCUCAGCUUCUUUCAGAAGUAUAAUCUGCUUAUUUUGACUCUCCGUGCAGCAUUGCCCAACGUCAUUCGGUUUUGCUGCUGUGCAGCUAUGAUUUAUCUGGGCUAUUGCUUCUGUGGCUGGAUUGUACUGGGCCCGUAUCAUGCUAAGUUCCAUACCUUGAAUAUGGUUUCUGAGUGUCUUUUCUCCUUGAUAAAUGGAGAUGACAUGUUUGCUACCUUUGCAAAAAUGCAGCAGAAAAGCUAUCUGGUAUGGCUGUUCAGUCGGAUCUACCUCUACUCUUUCAUUAGCCUCUUUAUCUACAUGGUUCUGAGUCUCUUCAUUGCCCUAAUUACAGACACGUAUGAAACCAUUAAGCAUUACCAGCAUGAAGGCUUUCCGGAGACAGAACUUCAUUCAUUCAUAGCACAGUGCAAAGAUCUGCCAAACUCUGGAAGAUACAGAUUAGAAGAUGAGAGUCUUGUAAAUAUCUUCUGCUGUUGUAAAAGGUCUUAAUAAAAAUAUUGGCAAUAAUUGCUGAAAUUAGUUGGAGAUUCUGGAGCUGAACAAUCAUCACAGAUUCACAGAUGAAUAAUCAAAGAGGCACAAAACUGUCGUGGAUGUUUUUGGAGCAUUUGCUGGUAUCUAUGUUAAUUCUGGUUUAUAAAUUGAAUCCUAAUUACCAUACAAUGCACAGCUUAGAAUUGCUAUGAAAAACAAUAGAGAACUGUUUGAGCUGGUGUAGUUGUUACAUACUAGCCUCUUACUAUCAUCAUCUUACAGGCACAAUGUGGAAAUAACUGUCUGCAUGAAUUUAUCACACAGUUUUUCCUGUUUUCUAUAGGUAUUAUAGAUUACCUGAAAAGUAAAGGAGAGUAGAUGAUAACUCAGAAUCUUCUCUCUGUGUGAUUUGACAUAGGACUUUUGACUCCCAGUUAUUUAUAAAAUACCAUGUAAAAUAAAACUAUAAAAAUGAUUAAUACCUUCCCCCCCCCAUGUACAUUACUGAAUUGGGGAACCAAGAGUGGAUUUUGGUUCCCCAUCAAAUUACUUUUUUUCCUGAUGUGUUUUGACAACCUUUAGACUCAGUUUUUAAAUUUCAGCUAUACGUGUUGCAGUACGUUCUACUUUGUGAAUCUGUUAGUUCUUCAGCUGACGUAAAGACGGUGCUUGGCUUGAUGUUGUAAUGGAUAAGAGCCUAGCUAACUUAAAAACCUUUAUUAGUGGCCAGUGUGAUGGUUAAAUAUCAUAUAAUUACCUAAUCACCUAAACAUCUAGUUAUCUUAUGACAGAACUCCUAUUUAGGGGUUAAACAGCCUCUUAACCAAGCAGUAGUCACAGCUGGCAUCCUUGGCUAAAUAAGCAAAAUUGGAGCUGAUUAAUCCUUGGGUGGGAGACCAUGAAGAACUCUUAGGGCUGUAGAUUAGACUGGAAAGUCAGGGAAACAAAAUCACUCCAGGAGAGAUCAGUGGCAAACAUUCCCAUAUUGUUGCCAAUAAAGCUACAUAGAUACAUAGUCACUGGGAACAAAAGACUCAAUGGAAUCUUUACUUUUUAGUCUAACUAGCUCAGUUUGCACAAAGAAGUUUAAUUCAAUACUAAAAAUAAUCUUAAACCAAUCCAUAUUGACAUAAUACAAGAAAAAAAAAGAAUUCUGAAUAUUCUGCAAAAAUACAACAUUCAAAUUUCCUUCAUACUGUUCUCUUAGUCUAAGCAGUGUUAGGUACUUGUGUAAAUUAUGUUUAAUUGAUCCCUAAAAAUGCAGUUAAUAAUAUACUAGCUGCAUUUACAAACCUCACACUAAGUCAUGGGUUAUGAAUUAACUAAGAUUUCUUGCAGACACGUAAAGCAAUUGUGGCUUGUCUGAUCAAUUCCUGGUUUGUUUUCCUUCCUUUUUAAGUUAUUGCCUUGCACCUCUGUGACCUCAUUAGAUGCUUAGGCAGGGCACAAAAACAGAAGUAGGAAUAAGCCAAGAAAACACAAAUCAUGUGUCUCCAUUUGCAUAUCAUCACACUUGGUCAUAGUUGCAGUCAGUAACCCAACAACAAACCAUGUUUCAAAUUAUGGCUUACUGCCUUACACUUCUCCACCAUUUACAUAUCAUACUAACCUAAGGAACAAACAGUAAUAUGGAUUAGCAUAAAGGGAGAAGCCAGCUGUUCUCUCAGAGCAGGAAAUCAAAUUAAGUCAUGAUAAACCUUGUUACAAGUAGUCCUCGACUUAGGACCAUUAGUUCAGCGACCAUUCAAAAUUAUGACAGUGCUGAAUGAAUGGUGAUUACAAUUGGUCCUCAGAGUUACGGCUGUCCCAGCACCCCCGUGGUCACAUGAUCAUAGUCCGGGUACUUGGUAACCUAUUUGCACUUAGGACCAGUUGCCAAGCACCCCGUGAUUAUGUGAUUGCCAUUUGCAACCUUCCCUGCCAACUUCCCCAGAAAGUCAUCAGAAAGAGUCUGAUUGAGUCUUGAAGAAGAGUUUUCACAUCAAGGACAGAGCCCUCUCCUUAGAGGGCAAAUCCUGUGGUUCCCAAAGUCCUUUAGGUCAUAGGAUUACAGUAUAAGUUUUGUACUGUUUUAAUCUCUUUUUUUAGAUUAAGUUAUAGGAAACAAAGAGGAAAGAGGAAUCUUGGAAUGUUUGAGGAACAGAUUCACUAGGAGUAGGCUUUUAUGGCUGGUAUCUGUUAGGCAGUGUUGGGCUUCAAGGUUUAGUGACUGUGGUCUAGACAACAGAUUUUCUAACAUUUCACUGGCAACUGU